CUGGUCUGCGACGAACUGACUGGACUUCUUCUGAUGAACCCAUUUCCUCACCGUGAAAACGUCGAAAUCUUAAAGCUUCCGACACGUAGAGGAACAGAGAUCGUGGCUAUGUACGUCAGGCAUCCGAUGGCCACAUCUACGCUGCUCUAUUCCCAUGGAAACGCCGCCGAUCUGGGCCAGAUGUAUGAGCUCUUCAUCGAAUUGAGCAUCCAUCUUAAGGUUAAUCUUAUGGGGUACGAUUACUCUGGGUAUGGACAAUCUACUGGAAAGCCGAGUGAGCACCAUACAUAUGCUGAUAUCGAAGCUGCUUAUAAAUGUCUUGAAGAGACAUAUGGAGCAAAACAGGAAGACAUAAUCCUCUAUGGACAAUCCGUAGGAAGUGGACCUACAUUAGAUCUCGCUGCUCGAUUGCCUCGAUUAAGAGCUGUUGUUCUCCAUAGCCCAAUUCUUUCGGGUCUAAGAGUAAUGUAUCCAGUGAAGAAGACAUACUGGUUCGACAUCUACAAGAAUAUUGAAAAAAUCCCACUUGUGAAUUGCCCGGUUCUCGUCAUUCACGGAACUUGUGAUGAAGUUGUUGACUGUUCCCAUGGAAAACAACUGUGGGAACUCUCUAAAGAGAAGUAUGAACCGCUCUGGCUCGAAGGCGGUAACCAUUGUGAUCUAGAACACUACCCUGAAUACAUCAAACACCUUAAGAAAUUCAUCACAACCGUGGAGAGAUCUCUCUCCUCGAGGGCGAGCACGGGCCAAUCGGAAAACCAGAGCAGCGAUUUGGAAAUGCCGAGGCAGAGCGUUGAUAGGAGAGAGAAGCCGAGGCAGAGCGUUGAUAGAAGGGAGAAAGAGAAACCGCCAAAGGGUCCGUCGAAGAAGAGUAAGCUGAGAAUUACUUUCGAGCAGCAUUUAGAUCGGUCGAGGAGGAGCGUCGACUUCCACGACAAGGCAAGGAAGAGCGUUGACCAUCAUCAUCAUCAGAGUAAUCAUCAGAUUGACAGAGGAAGGAAGAGCGUUGAUAGAUUGGAUAGAGUACGGUCCGAUUUAUUGGGGUGUGAUAUUUCUGGAAUGGUGAAGCUUCAAUCUUAA